UCUAUAGAACCUCACUCAAAGCAAAUUCAAUGAUCUUUCACACUGUUGUCUAAGGUACUAACAGGUGACAGUGAAGUGUCUCUCUCUCUCCUCUGCAAAACUCCGAAAAUGGGUAACUCCAAAUAUCAAACUUUACGACCCAAAUCAAAACUCUCAAAACCGAUCUUGAUCCUUGCACUUUCAAUAUCCUUCGUUUCACUCUUAUUCCUCUUUUCAUCUUUCAAUUCUACAACUGGGUUUUCUUUCUCUUCUCCUAAAAUCAUCCACCAUGUCUUCAAUGAAUCCGCCAUUGAUAAAACUCAAAAGUUCUUGUAUUGGGGUUACAGAAUUGAUUGCCCUGGUCAUCAUUGUGACACUUGUGCUGGUUUAGGUCACCAGGAAUCCAGCCUUCGUUGCGCCCUUGAAGAGGCCUUGUUUCUUCAAAGGACUUUAGUGAUGCCUGCUCGGAUGUGUAUCAACCCAAUACACAACAAGAAAGGGAUGUUGCAUCAAGAAAGUCAAGCAAGUUCAGAUGAGGGAUGGAUGGCUACCUCCUGUGCUAUGGAUUCUUUGUACGACUUGGACCUUAUAUCCAACAAGAUACCUGUGAUUUUGGACAAUUCAGAAAUGUGGCACCAGGUUUUAUCAACUGGUAUGAAACUGGGCGCCAGAGGUGUAGCUCACGUGAAAAGAAUUAGCCGAGUUGAACUCAAGGAGGAUCCUCAAUAUGCAAACCUCUUGCUUAUAAAUCGAACUGCAAGUCCUUUAGCAUGGUUUGUGGAAUGCAAGGAUAGGUUGAACCAUAGUGCUGUUGCUUUGCCAUAUACUUUUCUUCCAUCAAUGGCAGCCAAGAAACUUAGAGAGGCUGCGGAUAAGAUAAAAGCAAUGCUUGGUGACUAUGAUGCUAUACAUGUCCGCCGGGGUGAUAUACUAAAAAAGAGGACAGAUAGAUUUGGUGUUGUGAGGAGCCGACAUCCUCAUGUCGAGAGAGAUACAAGGCCGGAGUGUAUUCUUCAAAGAAUAUCGAAAUGGGUCCAACCUGGACGAACCCUUUUUAUUGCGUCAAACGAGAGAAAACCUGGAUAUUUUUCACCCCUUGGUGUCAGGUAUAGAUUGGCAUAUUCAUCAAACUACAGUAGCAUCGUGGAUCCUGUGGUUGAGAAUAACUACCAGUUGUUUAUGAUAGAUAGGCUCAUUAUGAUGGGAGCAAAAACGUUCAUCAGUACUUUCAAGAGUGAUGAUGGAGAACUUAGUCUGAGUGAUGAUCCAAAGAAAAAUACCGGGGGAUGGAUGAAAGUUGUUCGUACUGAUAGUUGCUGAAGGAAGGCGAAUCAUUCUCAGUAUGUUCUACGCUCUUGGAGACGAAAAUAUAACUGAUACUGUGCAGGCUUGCUCCAACAUCGACGACCACGAGUUUUUGCAUGACAAUGGAUGGAUCUAAUAUGCAAGUGAAUUAGGGGCUCCUAUCCUAAGUUUCCCCUUAUAAAAUUUUGUAUGUCGUAAUGUGAUGCCAUUGUAAAUUUAGAAUUUCUCAUUUAGAUCAUGAUUCAUGUAUGGUAAAAAUAGCUCCAGCUCAACAUUGCCAAUUGGCAACAUUUUUUCUUUAGCGCGCAAAAUAUUUUGUGAUAUCAUGUAAGUCAAAAGUUAAAGCAGGAGAUGUCAAUAUAAUACAUCAACAUCAUUUCCUCUA